AUGUUCAGAAGAACAAUAUCUAAACAAAUCCAAAGAAGUCAAAGUACUUCAACUAAAGGUAUUUGGUCAGAUUUUUCAAAAAGAUCACCCAGUUUAAGUAUUCAAAAUGAAAGAAUUAAACAAGGAAUAUUUGAAAAAAUUCCAACUUCUGGACCUGCUACAAUUGAAGAACCAUUAGUUAAAAGUGGAUAUCAUUCACCAAUAGCUAUUGAUGAAACAUUUCAAGAAGCUUAUAAAAUCUUAGAACAGGAAGCUACUAAUAAAUAUUCUAAAAUUGAAAAAUUACAAUCACAAUUGAAUGAAAUUAAAGAUCCAAAUGAUAAAAAGAAUAAACUUAAAGUUAAAUCAUUAAUUAAACAAAUUGAAACUUUGAAAAUCGAAACUGAAAUGAAAAAUCCUGAAGUUUUAUAUAAUGUUGAAUAUGGAUCUGUUGAAAAUAUUGAUACUACCCAACCUAUUUAUAGAAAAUUAUUAAAAGAAAAAUGGAAAGAUUAUGAUUUAAUGUUGCUUAUGCAAAGAUUAGAACAAUUACAUGUUAUUCCAGAUACUUUACCAACCUUAGAUCCAAAAGUUGAUGUCAAAGUUAAAUUUAGUCAUAAUGUUGAAGAAGAAUUUAAAAAUUGGAUUACUCCAGGUACUGUUUUACCAGCUUUUGCUGUUGCAAAACCACCAGUUAUUCAAAUUCAAGAGUUUGAUGAACUUAAGUCUGGAAAUGGAUUAUAUACCGUAUUGUUAGUUAAUCCAGAUACUCCAGAUUUGCCAAACAACUCAUUCACCACUACUUUACAUUAUGCAUUAACUAAUGUUUCUUUAAACAAUUCUGAUAACAUUAUUGAUGUUGCCAAACUUUUAAAUCAAGGUGAUGAUAUAAUUUUAAAAGAUUAUAUUCCAUUAACUCCAGAAAAGAAUCUUAAAACUCAAAGAGCUUGUCUUUGGGUCUUUAGACAAGAUGGUGAAUUGAGUAAAGAUCUUGCAGUUGAAAGAGAUAAUUUCGAUAUUAGAGGAUUUGUUGAAUCUAAUAAAUUAUUACCAAUUGGUGCCCAUGUAUGGAGACAACAAUUUGAUAGAAGUGUUAACUCAAUUAGAGAACAAUAUGGUUUAGGCAAAGGUAGAGUCUUCUAUAAAGAUAGAUCUUUAAUCCCAAUGGCUUAA